AUGGCUCUUAGACUUUGUAAUAUCAGCACUUUGGAUGAUGGGCCAUACCAAUUUUCAUUUCAUCAUAGUGGCUCCAGUGAAUGUGGCCUUUAUACAACUCAGUGUAGCUGUCCUGAUUAUGGUGGAUUCUAUUGUGGGAUGUUCUUCAGUAGAGUGGUUUCUGCAACCCCAAAUGCAGUGGAGAGACAACCAAGGGAAUGUAGUUCCAUAUUCUUCAAUAUCGCACUCCAGGAUGAAGAUAGUUAUAACUACAUGGAGAUGUCUCUUCUCCUCAGAAAUCAGUCACAGAAAGAAACAUUCACUGUGACUGGCUUACAGAGGCCAGUCCUGGCUCAAUUGGGUAGAAACCUAGAACUCAGUUGUCAGUUGUCUCCACCACAACAAGCAAAGCACAUGGAAAUAUGCUGGUUCCGGAAUCGCUAUACAGAACCUGUAUACCUGUACAGAAAUGGUAAAGACCUGCAUGGAGAAACUAUCUCCAAGUAUGUAGAGCGGACUGAACUCCUGAAAGGUGACAUUGGAAGAGGGAAAGUAAUCCUUAAGAUCUUUAGAGUGACUGCUGAUGAUGAAGAGUCCUACCACUGUUUCUUCAAAGAUGACAAGUUCUAUGAAGAACACAUCACAGAAGUCAAGGUCACAGCCACAAGCUCAGACAUACAGAUAUUUAUUCAUCCCUCUAAUAUCAAAGGUGUGAUGUUGGAGUGUCAUUCAAGUGGUUGGUUCCCAGAGCCUCAUAUGGAAUGGAGAGACAGUAAAGGAAAGUGCAUUACAGCUACUUCAGAAUCCCAUUCACAGGAUGAAAAUAAACUGUUCAACAUGACAACGGUCCUUCUUAUUGAAUUUUACUCCCACAAUAAUGUUACUUGCUAUCUUCAAAACUGGCUAACUAACCAAGAAGAAAGCAUAAGUAUUGUUCUGUCAGGUGAACUGUUUUCAUGGAUUACUGUUUGGAUAAUGAUCCUGAGAACAUUUUUUGUGCUAAUUGGCUUCCACACAACCUACUGUUUUAAGAAACAUCUAAAAUAUGAGGACUCAGGGCUGCCAGUUCACAAUGAGCAACAUGAGGGUGAUCAAGCUAAAGGUACCUGCAUUAAGAAAAAUUCUUGGAAAAAGAGUGCAAUGGUAUUCACAGUUUCAUUUUUGACAAUUAUAGGAGUCAUGCUCUUUUUAUAUUUUUAUGAAAGAGUGCAAGAAUCAGAUCAACAUUUUGAAUUGGACACAUUGUGGUUGGAAGAUAUUAUUGUGAUCCUAUGUGUGUUGAUAGUGUUCAGCAUCAAUCUCAUGUCAUUGACUUCCUUCAGAUUUUAUGGUAAAUAUGUUGGGAAUGGUAUCUACUCAGAAGAUCUAGUUCAUGUGAAUAAUGAUUGGAAGGUGAACUUUCUGGUCCUUUUGUCUUAG